AGCUGGAUAUCGCUAAAUUGAGUCGCAUCACUGAUAUAUCGAAACUAGCUAAUUAAUCAACUGGUUUACCAACACUGCACUUUUUUUUUCAUAUAUUUUAUAAUUUGUUUAUGAAAUAUAAGUUAAUUACGCGAUUCAGUUGCAUAUGCUAUUACGCUUUUUUUUUAUCAGCCAUUACUUUAGUUUUUAUUAGAGCGAUUAAAUCGCCAAAGUGGCAGCGCUAGUGAAAAGCAAAAACAAGUGAAAGUUUUGAUAUGAUAAAUUUGCAAAAUAGAGAUGAGCAAUGCUUUCUAACAGUGACACGGAACAAGAUGUAUGUUUAGUAUUAUACAAAAAAAGAGAAAGCUCCAAGAAAAGAAACCAAACAUGGUGAGCAGUAUAAUGACGCCAAUUUAAUGUAUAUUUUAAAAACAUUAUUGCUUACAAGCAAAUACAAUCGAAUUAAAUGGUGACUGCGAACAGGUAGCAACUAUCGCCCAUCCCUGAUUCCCCUUGUCAAUGUCGCUGGCAAAUAAAUAAAUAAAUAAGUAAAUAUCAACAAAAUAGAGAAUGAGCGCGGAUGCGAGAAUCAAGGAGAUGGCGCCAUCGCUGGAAGCCAGCGAGCGGGAGAUGGAGAGAGAGCGCCAGGACGUGGAUGCCACCAACUCGAACACGGAGCCCAGUGCCAGCGAUUGGGUGAAUUUCUCGCAGUGGAUGCACUGCUUCUGCGUGGUCACCUUCGAUCUGAAUCUUGGCCAGGCGCUGGAGCACGUCUAUCCGCCGCAGUUCAUGCCCAGCGACCAGGAGGUCAGCAACAUCUGCUACAUGGCCUUUCCGGACUCCAAUUCCGGCUGCAUGGGCGACACCAAGUUCCACAUGCGACUGCGCUGCACAACGCGACGGGAUUCCUUGCCAGGCUACAAUGCGGAGUGCUCGCCGGCACUGCGACAGGAUGCCUCCCACUACUGGGGCUUCGUCUACUUCAGACAGAAGCGGGACGCGAAUCUGCCGCGUGGUUACUUCCAGAAGAGCUUCAUCAUCAUCACACGACUGCCGUUCUUCAAUCUGUACUACGACAUACUCUCCCAGCUGGCGCCACGCUACUUUGAGGAUGGCACAGACGUCCUUCGGCUGGCCAGCGAGCAAAUCAAUCGCCAGUGGCCCGGCCUGAUGGUGGGCAAACCGCUCCAGCUGCCGCUGCUGGAGUGCAGCUAUCAGAUCUGCAUACCGCGGACCAGCAGCAGUAGGAAGUCGACAGCAGAAGGUGUUGGUGGCACGGCGGAAUCGCCACCGGCCUUGGCUGCUUGCCCAGCGGCCAAAGUGCUGUGCUCCGUUAACGAAAUCGAACUCUUCCGCUCCCUGGACUUUGUCAUGGAGCAGCUGUACACGCUGUGGGAGCUGGUCAUCACCGCCGAGCCCAUCGUUGUUGUGGGCACCUCACCCGCCGACUGCUCCCACAUGGUCCAGACCCUGCUGGCGCUGAUUGCACCGCUGGAAUACUGCGCAGAGGCGCGUCCCUACUUCACCAUUCACGACAGCGAGUUCCGGGAGUUCACGCAGGAGUGCACCAGCAAGACCACACUGCCCGCCUGCAUUUUGGGCGUGACCAAUCCGUUCUUUGUCAAGCUGCUCAAGGAUUGGCCGCACAUGCUGCGACUGGUGGACAACCAGAAGAACAUGCAGCAGCAACAGCACUUGCUGCUGGGCCAAAAGCACGCAAGGAACAUCGCUUCGGCCACAUCCUUCUCCAGCGCAACGGAACUCGGUGGCAGAUCGCUGAAAUCCAGCACGGUCCUAAACGGCAGCUCCAACAAUGGUGCGGGCGAUGCGUCGUCCGCAGGAUUGCACAGCAAAUACAGGCCGUACCUGAAGAAGGACAAGGCGCUGAUCAAGAAGGUGCUGCUGGGCAUGAAGACCAAGCGACCGGAGCAUGUGCAAACAGCACUAAUACGACGCCACCUGCUCGAGCUGACCCAGAGCUUUAUGAUACCGCUGGAGCGGUAUAUGGCCUCGCUAAUGCCGCUGCAGAAGGACAUUAGUCCGUUCAAGUCGGCGCCGAAUGCCAGCAGCUUCAAGCUGGACGACUUCCUGGCCACACUGGAAACAGCUGGGCCGCAGCUAACAUCGCCGCUGAAGGGCGACUGGAAGGGCCUCUACAGACGCUUCUUUCGUUCGCCCAACUUUCGCGGUUGGUAUGGAGCGCGGCAUCGAGAGCUGCAACUGACGCUGCAGGAUCUCCAGCUGCAGGCGCUGUCGGAGGCGAAUCUCGAGCACUGGGCGCACGACAAGCAGGAGGUGGAGAUCAUCGAUAUGAUACUCAAGCUCAAGCAGAAACUGAAUCUCUAUGGCGACAAGGCCCAGCAGCUGGAGGGCAUCAAUGGCACGCAGCAGCAGAUACGCGCGCAGAUCGAGUGCAUGAAGGGCUUGCUGCCGCCGGAUCUCAAGAAUGUGGUGAAUCUCUGAUCUUAGUGGCGCCCCCUCACUUUGGCUGCUCCACUUCUGCCCGGGAACUCCCGGCUGUCUGUCUGCUCUCCAGUGUGUUUGUGUGCCUCUGUGCGAUGUGUUUGUUUUGCUUGCGUCCCCUGACGGCAGGCGGUGCUCUUUUAUCAUUGUAAAUAAGUUUAAAUCGGUUAUUAGUCGCCGUAUUCGUGUCUAGUUUAGUGCUAAAGUUAUCCCAAGCAAGCGAAGUGAGUGUGUGAACCAAAUGCCGAGCGAUGAAUGUUAGUCCAGGCCAAGUAUUAAAUGCAAUCGUUGCGCUAUCCCUUCCACCUUUUCACACCCAUGCAAAACAAUGCUCAUGUCUCAAAUGGAAAAGCUAUGGCUACAAAUCCCCAAUCAAAUAAUACGAAUUUCGUGGCCACAGCUUCAAAAUACCUCGUUGGAGUUCUGAAGUUGGCGAGACAUCUCCGCUGACCAAUGUGAUUUAAAGCCACUUUGUUUCGUUUCUUUUAAAGCCCUUGUGCAGAUUUGCAUGUAUAUCGCUUAAAUUGUUCAUGUCUAUGACUGUCAAAUAUAAGUAAACUAUGUGUGACAUCAGCCAAAUGCUGGAUU